UGAUUACAUGCUUUAGUCCUAAUUUUGAGUUUUUGACUUGUAGCACUAAUUUUCACUUUGUGAUUUAGAUUUUCUAAAAAAUUUAAAUUAGCGAGUCAGUUAUGGACUGAAGAGAAUUGCAUCCAAUCACAUUCAGUAUACAAAUGAAUUACUACUUUUUGUCAUUUGAAUUAUUGUGAACAGGGAUUUAAUAAGGGUUUUGAUUCUAUUUCGGAUAUCUAAAUUUUGAUUAUCAUUUUUUUUUAUUGGUAGAAGUUUGUAUCAUUGGUACUUAUUGUUACCACAGCAAGGGGAAUUAGAUAUUAAUUAUGGUUAUGAGACUGGAAAGCAAACAAAUUUGUGAUUCUAACUCUAAAUUAAAAUGGAUUUCUUUGAUAUUCAAAUGCUCAAUUUACAAAAUAUAAUAUAGUGCACAAGAUACUAAUUCACGAUGUUUCUUCAUUCAUUUAGAACCAGUAUAUUUCUGAAAACCGGAAGAAAUAUUGUAGAUCUUAAGAACUCAAUACAGAUGACUUCUUUGCCCAAUAUUUCCAGAUUGAGGGGAUGUUCAUUGACUACAGUUAGGAUAUUUUACUCCAGUGGUUGCCAUCAUAGAAAAUCCAUAUAUAAAACGGAUGAAGCCAAGAAACUUCGCUUCUUCUUUUUGACUAGAUAUAUUGAUUAUUUGAAGAACUAUGAUACCGGAAUUGAGAAACGACUCACUGGAGCUUUGCAAAUUUAUAGAACAUUCAUGGAUGGAGUCAAAGAAUUUAUUCAAGAUACCAAAGAUUAUUUUAGAAUAAUGAGAAUGUUGAAUGCACCUGGUAGAAAUUUCUCGAUGCUGUUGAGAAGGGAAAUCGAACUUUAUCACCAAAUGCCAAAAGACAUGCGCAAAGUUGCACCAGUUCUCUUGAUAGCUUCUUUGCCUCUUGGACCUUAUGUUAUCUUACCGUUAGCUUACAUGUUACCUCGCCAUCUGUUGUGUUCUCACUUUUGGACGCUUGAGCAAAAAUCGAAAUUCAGCAUACUGAAUCUCAGAGACAGAUUGUCCCAUAACAGGCCUGUAUUUCGACAUCUCCAAAGUCAGCUUGACUUUCUGAAACCUCAUCAUUCAUAUGAUCUUUGGAAUGGAGUCCUCGCAAAGUUAGGAAGUGGAACGCAACCUCAUGUCGAGGAAAUCAUAAGGUGUAAAGAAUUGUUUACAACGGAACCUUAUCACCUUUUUUACCUUAGUAGGCGCCAUGUGGUGCAUCUUCUCAAAAUGCAUGACAUGCAUACAGGCUGGUUUAGAAGGUCACGGUUAGCUGAAAAAGCAUUCAUAUUGAAAGAAAUGGAUAAAGCAAUAAUGAGAGAAGGGGGAGUUCAUAAUUUGCCAAUAGAAGCUAUGAGAAAAUCUUGCUAUAUAAGAGGGUUGAAUCCAACAACUUUAUCAAAAGAGGAGAUGAUCAAGUGGUUGACAGAUUGGAUACAAUUGUCUAGUCACAUUGAUAAGGAAUGCUAUUCACUACUUUUACAUGCUCCUAUUUUGCUGGGUUAUAAUAAACCUUCAAACUGGGUCCUGAUUUAUAAAGACAAAUUGUGAUUUUCAUGUUAGAAAUGAUUUUAUAUAUUGAAUGUAUAAAUAAAAAUUUAUUUAUUUUCUAA